CAAACAGCAGCGAUUUGACGUAAACACAAACGGCUGACGGUUUUAAUUUUCUUUGUUCAACGAAUUAUUUUGUGAAAUUUGGUGCUAGAUUUUGAUUUAAAUUUGCAUUUUUAACUUCUAUGUGUUGAUAUUUUUGUCGCUGAAAUGUGGUCCAACUUUGAGCUAGUGUCGAUCGAAGACGAAACGCUGACCAGCGCCUUUUGCACCAACGGAUUGUUUCGGAUCUCCAGCGAAGAAAAGGUCGAAAAGCAUCCCCGCGUCACGGGAAUCCUCCAGAACCGCCGGUUGAUCAUUUCGAUCGACAAGGGACUGGUGCUGUUCCAGGACGAGAAUCGGUGCAACGAUGGCAACUUCCUGGACGCUUCGUACGACAUCGAGUGUCUGGCCGCUUCCGAAAGUGGUGAUCUAGUUAUUUGCGCGCUUGCCAAUGGAACCAUCUCCGGGUUCCACGUCCGAGGAGUGAAUCUGUUUACCAUCAACGUCCACCCGGACGACAUUAACCAGAAGCAAACCUUUGCCGAGAUUCGUCCCAUCAACGGCAGCUACUUUGUCCAGUGCUGCAUGGGACCGGUCUACCAGCUGCUGAUUGACGAGGACAAGGUGAACGAAACGAUGAAACAGCUGGACAGCAGCACGAUGGACACGACGCUGAACUUUGAUGAUUGCAUCACGGUGAACCGGGUCUUCGAGAAACAUCUGCGGGAACCGGUGACGAGUUUUGCACCGAUGGCGAACUAUGACCUGGGGAACGACACCGUGCACGCGGUGGUGAUGUCCGCCAGCACGGAGUCGAUUUACUUCCAGCGGACGGAGUGCUUCGAGAAGAUUCAUCUGAGGCCGGAGUAUUGCGGGAUUAAGCAGCUGUACAAUUUGGUCCAUUUCUACAUCGCCCUCACCAACAGCGGCCAACUGCUCGAGGUCUGCCCGGUAACCAAGCUGGCCUCCGACCUGCACGUACCCUACAAGGUGGACGAUUUCAUCAUCCUCGAGUGCACCGGCGACGUCAUCGAGCUGCUGCUGCUCACGAAACCCGACCUGAACGGCACCCGCCUAAUGAAGAUCGUCGACUUUCCCUCGAUGAACUGCAAGUACGAGCUGGACAUGGGCGAACACGUCUGGCUGGUCCAGCAACCGAAGAGCGCCCUCAACAUGUACUACAUCACGGGAAAUGCUCGCGAUCAGCACCACGUGCAGGAAAUCGAGAUGAAGAUUCUGUCGGAGACGCAACCGGCGCUGCGGCUGGACAAGCUGAUCCGCAAGGGACGGCUGGACGAAGCGGAGGAGUUUGCCAAGCAGUUCGAUCUGAGUCUGCAGCCGAUUCAUCAGGCUCGGACGAAGGCCCUGUUGGCGGACAUGGCCGCCAGUAAGAACGCUUCGGCGGAUGAGCUGGAGGGGAUGUUUGGGCAGGUGAUGGAGGUGCUUAACCUGAUUGAGGAUCCGGCGUUUUUGAUGACGGUGAGGAUGUCGUCGAUUCCGGAGCGGAACAUGAAGCGACGGUAUUUGCGGUUCUUGCUGGAGAAGGUUGAUACCAACUCAGACGAAGCGACGGAAAUCAACGAGCAGCUGCUUCGGCUGGACACGCUUCGCCUUAUCGACCCGUACGAGGUGGACGCCGAGUGGCAGAACUUCCUGUACCACCAGAACCUCACCAAGCACUGCAUCCAGCUGUUCAAGACGGACAUGGCCGCCGCCUGUCUGAUCUGGUCGCGCCACAUCUCGUCGAUCAUCCUGAGCAUGGACGCGUUGAAGAUCACCAACGUGCUAAAGUCUAUUCCGGAGGGUACGCCGCCGCUGCAGCUAAUCCAGUGGUUGAUGCACUUUGUACCGCCGAUUCUGCAGCACUUGCCGCAGAUGAUGCGCAUUUUGGUGACGUUUGUGAUUGGGAAGACGAAGGCACUCCAGUUUGCGCCGUUUUGGCCGAAAGUUGGGUUGACGUUCAUUGAUGACGUGAUCGCGAUCUUCAAGGAUGUCAAGUUCCCGAUCAUGGACAUGCGGCUGCAGUACGAGACGAACAUGGACGAGAUGCAGAAUCUGAGCGAUGCGUUGCGAAAUCUGACGCUGCUGAAGGAGAACUUCAGCUUGAACGCUAGCAUUGAUAACUUUUUGCAGGAGAGCAAGGAGCACACGGCGUUCCGGCUGCUGCAGAUCGUUCAGCUGUCCAAUUUAAAGCGACUUGUGACGGAGUUCUUGCAGCCCAUGUUUUUAGGCCAAGAGCAGAAGCUACAAGCGUCGAUCAUGCGUUACAUUCAGUUCUUGAUCUCGAAUCAGAACACCAGCUACUGGGAGGAUCGAUCAGUCGCCCUGGUCGAGAUGAUCCACAACGAAGACAGCAAGCUCAACUACAUCCUGGACAUCCUGAAAUCAUCCCCAGUCCCGUGGUCCCAGGUCAUCGCUCCCCUCGCAAGGUACGCCCACUCGGAUCACCCGAUCGCGGCCAAGAUCCUGAUUGAGCAGCGCACCCAAAUGGUCAAAAUCAUCAAGGUCAAGUACGGCUGGCCGGCAAAGAGCCAGGAGUGUUUACGGAUGCUCGCGAACCGAGUCCUAAAAAUGCGCGACGCCAACAUGCUCAACGACAUCCGCGAACUCACCGACUCCGCCCCGGAGAUCUGCUACGCCGUGGACAUGAACGUAAUGCUCCGUCUCGCCGAAAGCAGCGAGUUCGUACCCGCGCUGCGCUACAUUGACGGGUUGGGCGAGAUACGGCGCCAGGAGUGCUGCCAAGCGGUAGUCGAGAUGAUCGUGCAGAUCUUGGACACGAGUCCGGCGAAUCCGCACACCGAAAGCUACGUCGAGUUGAUGCGAAUGCUCAAGUCGCGCUGCACGGCGUUGACGCAGUUCGAGGUUCAGGAGAUGCUGAACAUCAUCAGCUUGAGGGGUGAGUUUCAGCUGGACGUGCGCCGUGAACACCUGGUCAACGAGAGCGAUCGGCAGCGACUGUUGGAGGUUGGGAUUGGGAAUCAUCUGGAGCGGAUUCGCGAUGAUCGCGAGGGGUUCGUGCCGGCGUUGCUCGGAGGCUUGAAGCGCUUGGCGGAUGCGUUGAUGUACGACUUCUUGGAGGCGCUUUAUGAAGUGCUGAAGCGGAUCGGCAAUAUCCACGUGAGCUGUACCGUGCUGUCGAAGGUCGCGGAAAUGAUCGACCCGAAUCACGAGACUCACGAGAACAUUCACCGCUUGGUGGCACUCAUCGUAACGCAGCAGAUUAAGUGCUUCGAGGACUCCAGCUCCGGUUGGGAGGUCGAUCCGUUGACCUACCCGCUUGCGGAUCGCCUUCUUCGGAUGUGCUACGACGAAUCGACCGUCAACGUGGUUACAAAGCUGGAACUCCUGCGCUGGGUAGAACUGGGCGCUAACUACUUUGAAGGAGACGUCCUGAAAGAGUACGGCAAGCGAUCGAUGCUGCCGGAGAAGGUAUUCAAGAACCUGUACGAACCGACCUGUGUGAAGAGCGCUCCUACACGGAAGAGCACGAAGCGUGACUCCCUGUCGACCUUCAACGUAGUCCACACCGAAGAGUGUAACAUGGAGGUCGCGACCAACAUCGAUGACCAGGAAGCCACCAUCAAGUGCAUCGGACAAGCUCUCCAGGUGGUCGUGGCGAGUCUUCAAACCGACUGCAUGGAACCGCCACAUCGAUACUUCCACGAGCUCAUGGCUCCCAUCGAUGGAGAAUCGGUCAAGAAGGAGUGCCAAGCCACACUAGAGUCGCUCGUUCGCCAUAAAAAGUACCCCGACGCGGUCAAACUGGUCCAGUUGGUACUCUCCUACGAGCCGGAAACCGGCCCGAUCAUCCCGGCGGACUUUGCCGAAAACCUGCGCCGCAAAUCGCUCAAAUACUUCCUGUCCCAAAAGGAACCGGACUUCAGCAUGGCCGUUUCCGUGCUCUUCCACUGCUUCUCCCGCGACAAGUGUCUCGAGUACCUCCGCGUCAACAUGGUUAACGAAUCCCAGCGGGCCGCCUUCCACACGCUGCUCGAGUUCUACUACAUCAACAUCGGCGAGAUGGAGCGGGCCGUCGAGGAACGUGGCCACCGGAUGCGCUUCAACUUCUUCUACGAGCUGUGCAAGCUGGACCCGUCACUCAAGACCAAGAAGAGCCUCGCCUUCCACAACAUCGCAGACCUUACCAAGGAGAUGAAGAGCAAGGUGUUGAGCGUGGAUUUGCUGCGCAAGAUGAGCGAGAACUUCUCUUGGGACUACCAGCAGGUCCUAGUGUCUCAGGUAGUCACCAUCCUUGGCAUGCAAGAACUCGAGUUCGACGUCCAACAGGACAACUUUGGCAAGGAGGUCGUUGUCAUCAAGACCACACCCGAGGACAUCCUGCGUCAGUGCCAACCGUACAUCAACGAGGUCACUAACCACGUUCUGCUCGGCACCAAACUAACCAAAUUCGUCGAGGAGAUGAACUUCUACUUCUACGAGCUGUACCUCACCGUCCUGGACAUCUUCUCCCAAAUCGAGCAGUCCACCGAGGAAAUGACCGCAUGGAAGCGAAUCCUGGUCUACCUCCGCGACGGAAUGACCGCCAAACGUAAUCAUCGCGCCGGCCAAAUCGAACUGGACGCCUGGCUCAAGCUCCAACCCGACGGUGGAAUGCUACCCAAAAUCGCCAAAUACCGACUCCCGUUCCUGCUCCUGAUUCGUCACCCCCUGAAGAGUCUCCUCAAGGAAGAAAUCACCAUCGACAACUACAAAAAGAUCCUGGUGCUCGUACAGCUUAAGGCCCAACUCGAAAGUAUGGACCCGAUCGAGCUGCAGGACUACUUCUGCAAGUCGGCCGUCAUCAACUCGAUCAGCGAGUACAAGAUCCAGGCGGAGGAACAGUCGCCGGCCACCGGGUGGCACCUGCAGCCGGUCAACAAUGCGUUCCUGCAAGCGAUCCUGCGCGUGGUCGACUGCGUUUCGGACCAGUCCUCGAAGCUGUUCAUCCUGUACUACGUGAGCAAUAAUGCGCCGGAGGGCGCCGACCAGGUGGAGGCCGCCUACGAGUGCUACAAGUUUGCGCGCCAAAACGAGGACGCGCUGGCGGCGAACGCGGACGCCAAGGACAAGAUGGACAAGAUCAUGCGCAAGUAUCCGAUUUUCAAGACGCAACACCUGCUGCUGCAGUACGGCAUUAACGACGACAAGCUGUUUGCGCUGAUCAAGAACCCGCGGGAGUUGAUUACGGCGCUGUACAGCGAUACGCUGCAGAGGAAGGUGGACGUCAACGGGUUGGUGGGUGAGAUCGCCAAGUUGCACAGCUUGGACAUUGACGCCAUACAGGUUAGCUUGAUCCAGAAGUGGUUAUCGAUUCUGGGGUCGACCAACGAUUCCACUGGGGAUAUGGAGGAGACGCUGUACGAGGAUCACAACAUGUCGGUGGAAGAUUCGGAUAUUGCGGCGUCGGCCGAUGAGUACGUCGCCAGGGCGCAUUACAUUCUGAAGAGUUGGGACAAGGAGCAGAGUGUGCAGUUUUUGAUUUCGCAGCUUUGCACGGGAGAUGCCGGGGUUGACACGAAGAAGCAGCUGCAGAUCUACGACUGCUUCAGCAAGCUGAUCGACGAUCAGUGCAUGUCCUACGUGCAAGAGGACGUCUUCAAUCCCAGUCACUACAUGGUGUUGAAGUGCAUCUACCUGCUGAAAUCGCUGGGCUUCAACAACCUCACUGUGAAUAAGUUUGAAGAAACGGAGAAGAUGGGCUUGCUGAAACGCUUGUGGACGUCACACGCCACCAACACCAAGGGUCUGGAGGUGAUCGCGUACGUCUGUCUAGGCUACAACAUCUUCGUACCGCAGAUCUGGAACGGUGUCCUGAAGCAGAUGGCCCGCACCAACAUGAUCUCCCACCUGGCGAUGCUGCUGGACAUUGUGUCGGCCCGCGAGCAGCUGACAAACCUAGAAGGCUUCCGAAUGGCGUGGGAAGCGGUCAUCAAGGCACCCUUCCGAAACGCCGAUCGCGUACGAUCGUUCGAAGACGACGCCCAACUUGCCAAAUCGUUGAUCCUACUGCAAAAGUGCCCAAUUUCGGCGUCCCUUAACCUGGUGGACAUCGCCGAGGUGUGCAUCAACGCGAACCGAGUCAACAUGGCGGCCGUACUGGUGCCGUAUGCCGGUGAGAACCAGAAGGCGGCAUUGAAGAAGCUAAUCCAGAACAACCCGGAGCCGAACCUGCGCCAGCAGGUGCUCGAGCUGGAAGAGUUUGGCAUCGCGUCCGUCGUGACGAAGGCCGUCUGCAGUGAGCUCAAUCUGCACAAGUGAUGAUCAGUAUUAUGUGUUACGUCUACAAAUCCCCGUUUUGAGUCUCAGAAGUGUUUAAUUGCCAAAUUUUUAACAUUAGCGUUAAGAUUUCUAUAAACAUUGAGCAGAGCUAA